AUGGAGAUUCUUGAGAAAAAAGAGGUGGAGGAAUUUUUGGUGUUGUGUUGGAGAAUUUGGUAUCGUUGUAACCAAUUUGUUCAUGAUAAUAAGUUUCUUAAUGACGGUAUGGUGGGUCCUUGGGCUCUGAAUUUUCUAUGGCGUUAUCAAGAGGCUCAAAACCAAACCCGAACUGAGGAAGGUGGUGGUGGGUCCUCUGCGCAUCCUACUGUUGCGCAAGUGGUUCCCUUGGCUGAUGGAGAGAUGUGUGUUCAUGUAGAUGCUGGUUUAGAUGGUGAUAAAGGGAUGGUGGGUAUGGGGGCGGUGGUGGUUGAUAGCUUGGGGUUUGUUCGUUGCUCUGCUGCAACUCCAUUGACGGCAUCAUUAGCGCCUCAUGUCGCUAAAGCAGCUGCUGCCCUCCAAGGGAUGCUUCUCUGUAUUCGCCCUGGCUUCCUUCGUAUUCGGAUUAGUACAGACUGUCUUCGUGUUUGCCAAAGCAUUGCCCGUAAGGAGGCUAAUAAUUCAGAAUAUGGCAUUGUUCUCCAAGACAUUUAUCAAGCAUGGAGUUCUUUCUCGUCUAUUUCCAUUGGACAUUGUAAUAGAGCUAGUAAUUCUACAGCUCAUUCCUUAGCAAAACUUGCAUUAUCUCUUGAUUCUCCUAGAGUUUGGUGGCCUGACUUGCCUUCAUGUCUGUGGCCUUAA